CGUAAGUAGUAAAUAAGUAAGUAAGUAUGUUACGUACUUUUUGUAUACUUUUACGUUUUACGUACAUUCAUACCUACAAAUCGUACGUUGGCGAAUUUCUUUUCUCUCCAUCAUUCACUGGCAACUUGCAAGUAGCGACUCGAACGUACGCGUAUAUGUCCCCCACCUCCUUGGCUGUGUUUCUCUUUAGCGUCGCACUCGCCGAGUAGGUAGGUACUUCUGCAGCAGCAGUUGGAUCCAGAUGAAGAAGAUGAUGCUGAUGGUAAUGGUAAUGGUGAUAGUGAUUCGAUUUGAUAAGACUUACUCGUAGGUAGCUUCGCCGACGCCUGACACAGCCGGAACGGGAACUCGAACGCGAACGGACAUUUGUGUAGUUUUUCGCGGUGCCAUUGCCACACAGCUCGAAUCGCAACGGUACUGCUCGUGCUUACUCUCGUAGGUAGUUUGUAUUGCUAUUGCAACUGCAACUAGUCGCCGCCGCCGCCAUGUGAAGCUGUUUUUUCUCGAGCCGCGUGAUUUUUCGAUGCACGACGCGUAUUUGUAUGGUGUUAUAUUGUGCUCGUGCUCGUGUUGGUGUUGUCGGAAUAGUUGUUUAUCAAAUGCCGUAAUAUGUUUAUAUCGAAUUUUGUGAUGUGGCCGGCGCCGCCGGCUUUACAUUUUUUCGCGUGUGCCCUAUGUUUUUUGGCUUGGGUGCCGGCGCCGGCGCCAGUCAACGCCAUCACCACCAAGUCAUCGCCGUCUUUGAUUUUGGAUAACAGUUCGGACAGCAGUCAUCAGUUUGUUCAGAUCAGACCGGCGGCAGUAAACCUAAACCAGCAAGCUAGAACGUUUUUAGUUCAACAGAAAAGCUCUCUUUCGCCGGUACAGCAGACGCACAUAUUAGACGAUGUGCAAAAAAAUCAGCGCGUCCAUUACCAAGGUUCGUCGAAAGCGGCGCCCUCUUCCGCGUCCGCGCCUUCGCCUUUACUCGGCGCAAAUAACGGAUUCUCGCCGAUGAGUCACGUCUAUCAGAAUGACUUUCAGCAGCAUCAGCAUCAGCAGCAGGCGCCUACGUUCAACGAUUACGCGUACGAAAAUUUCAACCCGUUGUCAGCGGCGCCACCAACUUUGCAGACGGUGGUGCUAUCGCCUCAGCAAUCGGUUCCUACGUCGCCUACUUUCACCAACGGCGAGUACUUUUCGCCUGCAUCAGCAGCAGCACCAACGCGCAAAGCAGUCUUACCAUCUACCCUCAAUGCGGCUAGCACAGGUGCCGGCACCGGCAAAGGCGUAGGUACCAUAUACCGCCAUCAGAAUGGACCCGGCGGCAGUGGCGUCGGCGCAUUUGAGACGCCGAAUUUGUCGUCGUUCGGCUCCUCACCUCCGCAUUACUAUUCGUCUGCCCCGUCUAGUCACAGAAUACCGUUUUCAACGGCCGGCGCAGGCGCCAGCGCUCCAGCCUCGUCAGUUACUGCGGCCACGGCCUCUGCCCUGGCUAGCAAUGUUGGACGACAAAACUUGGCCGCCGCUCACCCUUACAGCAACAGCAAUGGCGGUGGUGGUGGGUCCGCAGCCGGAGGUAUCCCAGUUCGGUAUUCGGGAUCGGCAUCGUCGCCAAUUCACUCGUACAUCAACUCUACCGCAGCGGCCGCCGGCGUUCCUAACAACGACCAGUAUCCCAAGUACGAACCCACUUUGCCGGCGUCACCGUCACCGUCAUUGUCUUCUUUAUCGUCGACCGCGACCGCGUCCACGCAGCACAAAGCGUACAUCACCAAAGACGCUAGCGGCGUGUUUUCGCCGUUGAUGGAAAAAUCGAAACAGGCGAUCGGCACGGCAGCGGCCACGUCCGAUAAACUGGUCAAAGAAGUGUAUCUGAAAAUGAAUCCGGAAAUACUCAUCGCCAGAGAUAGGCAAAAAUUCUUUCAGCGACUGUUGGAAGGCGAUGCCAACAGAAACGUCGCCAACUACAACGAUAACGACAACGGUGAUUUCGAGUCCGCGUACUCCCUCGCCGCCGCCGCCGCUCCCCCCAAAUUCGAGGACGGCGACGAUGACGACGCCAACGACAACCGCAACGAUCAGACCGUCGCCCAAAACAAUUUCGCCAACGUUAGAAGUCAAUUUGAAAAGGAAUUACUACGUCAACUGAAGCAGGCUUCCGGUGCGGCGACGGCGACUGCGACCGCUGCCGAUACGCGACUCCCCUUCGCUUUUGCCAUAUCUAACGCGUCGUCGCCUUCCGGUCUCGUUUCCGAAUUCAGCCUGCCGAGCGGACAAAAAGUUCAAAUUUCGAAAGAUUACAAUCGUCUGCUACUGGAAGGAGACGAUGGCGGCAACGGUGGCUCCGGCUCCGGCUCCGGUCCCGGUUCCAACAAAAUCAAAGCGAUCGUAGUGAAACAGCUGCCGUCCACGACCAACGCUCCGAAAAGCAACCUGCUGGAGGAGCUGACUAAAGGCGUCGUACCUCCUGGCGCCGAAUUCGAAGUCAUCAAACGCAACAAAGACGGCGCUUUAGAGGAAGUUAGCAAACUGCCGCAGAACAUUCCGCAGAAGAAAGUCACGUUCGUAAUUUUGGAGGAGCAAGCGGACGGCACGGUCAAAGUUCAAGGGGUCAGAGGUAGCGAGAAAGAAUCGUUGAAGGAAUCCGGCGAGGAAGUGGAUACUAUAAUUAAAAAAAUCAAACAAGGCGAAUUAAAGUUACCGCCUUCUACUCGGCUUUCGCCCAAACAGUCGCCGUCGUCUACGUCCUCCUCCUCCUCUUCUGGCUCCGGCUUCACCGUUUCGUCCGAUAAGAAAAAUUCUAGACUGGUCGCGGCCGACGAAUACGAAACGAAAUCGAAACGCAAAUCCACGUCUAGCGGCGGUGGCGAGAUCAAAACGUCGAAGCGCAAAGAGCCACCAUCUCCACUGCAGCAUCAUUGGUCGAUUGGCGGUGACAGCGAUUCGGAUAAACAUUUCGUACCGACGCCGAUAGUGCAAAGUUAUACGACGACGACGACGCCGGAAAGCUGGAACUCGGACUCGUCGGCGACUGCAACGGCGACUGCGGCCACGGCCACGCAAGACGACCAAACCGCCUAUCAAUAUUACUCGUCACCGAGUACAUUUUACACGCCGCCAUCGUCUGGCGGUGGCGGCGGCGACGAUAGCGCCACCGCGGCGGCCGCUAUAUUGAAUCAAUUAAGUGGCGGCGUUGACGGAAACCAAUCGUGGAAUCAGAGCAUUUUCAAUUCGGUCGCGCUGUCGGACCCGUCGUCCGCCGCCAAAAUCGCCGCUCUUGAUAAUUUAGGACUGUUUCAUUUGAAUAACAGCGGUUACAUCGCUUCGUUGUUUUCGGCUUUGAAAACGCACCAGUCGCCGGAAGCGUCGUUACUGCCGACCACGCUAGGCCAUCGAAUCGUCCAGCAAUCAGACCACGGCGACAGCUACAGCGACAGUGAUGGCGACCAACGUAAUACAACCAGCGACGUUCGAUUCGCUGUCGACGACGAUUCGUACGAAACGACCGCGACGCGCAAUCACAAAAAGGACAAUAAUAAUUUACACAAAAAAAGGGACAGAAACGUGGUACGUAAAACGGUCGCGUCCAAAAAACCCGUCAAAGAAACCAGAAAGGAUAACGAUGAAGAAGAAUCUAACGUGCAAGAAACGAAAACAGCCGAAGAGGUGGCGGCAGCCGCAGCCGGUUCCAGCGGCGAAAAUUCCACUUUGAGCGAUGUGCUGAAAAGAGCCGGAUUUUACGCGAUGGCUCGAUUUCUCAGGCAAAGCGGAUUAGAUAGCAUUCUCAACGACACAGGUCCGUUCACAUUAUUCAUACCGACAGACAAAGCAUUCAGAACGUUGCUCAUCCAACUCGGCGGACCAGACAAAGCGGAAGACAAGUUUAAAGAAAAUCCCAGAUUAUUAAGCGGGCUGCUGUUGCAUCAUGUCAUACCGGGUGCAUUUCGCGUCAAUACUUUGCAAGACGAAAUGACCGGCGUUAGUCUGGCUGGCACCCAAUUGCGAGUCAAUGCCUACACUACACACGACAUCGAGUGGAACGAUAUCACGGUGGUGACAGUGAACGGCGCGAAAAUCUUGGACGAAAAGGACAUCGUCAUACCGCAAGGAAUAGCUCACGCUAUAGAUCGCGUCAUGUUUCCGCUUCCGGUGGGAAAUUUAUUGCAGUCGUUACAAGCGGACAGAGAAAACAGAUACAGCAAUUUUCUCAAGAUUUUAGAAGAAUCCGAACUUUCGUACUUACUAACCGGAGGUAAAACUUUCACGCUGUUUGCGCCGCUAAAUCGAGCUUUCACUCAUUCGGAAUUCACCAAAGUUCUGGCCGAUGCGAACGAAUGCAAGUCUUUCGUAUUACGACACAUCGUAGGGGGCGCUUUAUACAGCGCCGGAAUGAAGUACUAUCAGGUUCGCGAUAGCAUGGACGAUGGCCAGCAAAUUACUCUGUACAAGGAAGCGGGAAAAAUUAAAGUGAAUAACGCUCACGUGGUAACUAGAAAUAUUCCGGCUACCAAUGGAGUAAUACACGCCAUCGAUGCUUUUUUAUGACGAUAAUGCGCUAAUGCUCGAUUGCUCGCUGAGCUGCGUGUGCAAUGUGCAUAACUGCGUAGUGCGUGUACCUUGUGUACUGGACUACUGGUCACCGUCAACCUGGCUACCCUGCUGAGUACGAAUUACGAAAUACGAAAUACCCGGCGGCGUCACUCGUCGUAAGAGCCUGGCUAGUGGCUGCAGGUGCCGGUUGUACGGCCUUUUUUUUCUCGCGUUUCAGCGACAGUUUUGUGCCAAUGCCCAAAUCUACGUACCUUACCUACAAACAGAUUAGGCCUACCUACUUGUAGGUACUCGUAUUUUGUGCCGUACCGUACCACCUCGACGACGUAGUUGACGUGCAUCUGAUGCGACACGCAAAUUACUCGGAUUCAGAUUCGGUACAUACCUGCGUUCGCGUUCUGUACAUGUAAGGUACAUACCUGCUACCUACUUACGGGUUUAUUAGAAUUUAAGCGAGUACCAAGAUGAAUAGCAUUUCUUUUGAUAAGGAGGCCGGAGGCGACUGACAGCCCAACACCUAUGCGACUCAGACUGCAGCUUACCGAUCGCCAAUUCGCCAUUUGCCAACGCCAACCAAGUGUGUCUCUGUAUAUAUUGUAUGGUCGACGUCUAAUUUUUUAGCAAUUUUUUGAACGCACGUUUGCGAGCUCUGUAUGUCGUCCUGCUCCUUCUCCUCCUCCUCCUCCUUUUCCUCCCCUACUUUUCCCUAAUUAUAAGAAAGCAUUUGUUUGUACUUUACUCGUACCUACCCUAAUGGCUAAUAUACCAGUAGGAUUUACUCGAUGUUGGUAAACGAUACGUUCCUACAGACUGUUAAGAAUAGACGUACACCUACGAGCAGUGGCCCAGUGAGUACCUUUGACAAAAACUUGAAGUACCUAAGACAAGUAUGUACCUCCUUCGAAUAGAUACCUACCUAGGUACUCGUAGUACCUACACAUACAUGAAAAUCGCUGGAUACUCGUACAUUGCCAUUACGGUAGGUCUACGGUAGUUUCAAGUUUGAGUUAUGGCGUACGCACCUUUACGCCUAUACGGUACCUAAGUACUUAUUCAACUUUUCCAUCUUCAAAUUGUAGACAAGCAACUGACCAACUUACCCUUCCAUUUUCCUUAUAUACGUACCUAGAGGCUAGACCUACUGAUACGUACCUAUUCUUCUACUUAUUUCUACACGUUUUAGCUGUAUUUAGCUGUAUACGUAUGUAUGUGUAUUGUGUGUAGUACAAAAUAAACGAACGACGAUGCCGUCAUA